AUGUCCCCGCCCCAGGCCGCUCGCAUUCCGCUGUCCCCCUGGCGUGUGGCCGCCAUCCCCGCGCGCCACGAGGGCCCACAUUCCCCCCCCCUCCCAACAAUAGUGGGAAAAGCUUUCCCUGCCCCACCCCAACCCAUUAAAAUGCCCCCGGCCCCAAGGCGCAGCCGCCGGAUCCGCCCACCCCCGCCCGCCCCGCCCCCCCGCCCCAUGGCCUCGGCGACGCGCCGAUCGCCCGCGCCGCCGGGCUGGCACGCCCCCGCCAAGCAUCCCCAGGCGUCAACGCCCUCCGCCUCGAUCGACGGCGGGAUCCAAUCGCCGGCAUGGCCCCCCGAGGGGCCGAUCAGGCGGCCGGACGGGUUUCUGCAGACCACGGCGGAGGACGGACCCACGGAGCUGGCGUUCGAGCUGGGGCGCGGCCGGCUGAGCCUGACUUGCGACGCGAUCGGCCAGGACGCCGUCGACCGCUUCGUGGAUCGGUUCCUGCGGUUCAUGGCGACGGGGUUUUGGGACGGGCGCCCCGGCGGGCCGUUCGGGGCAUCGCUGUGCCAGCCGGGCGCGGCGGCCGCCAGGGGGUUCGUCUUCUCCCUCGGCCUCACCCCCGAGUUCGCGCUGCUGCUGCUGCCGUAUUGGACGGAAAAAAAAUGCGUCGAGGAGAACAGGGCAUCGGAGCCGGGGAGCCUGGCCAGCCCGCAGGUGUCCAUGCUGUGCCGGAGGCUGCAGCGGAUGCCGUUCGGGACUCGAGCGGGGGACGCCAACCGGGAGGCGGGCGGCGAUGCCGCCGGGAAGGACGGGCGGCCGAGCCAGAAGGUCGAAAAGGGCAGGCCAGGGCGACGGCCCAUGCGCGUGGCGUCGCUUGAGGCCCUGCAGGGGAAGAAAAUGAAUUCCUUCUGCCGCGGAUCCCGCCCCCGGGGGCCGGACCCGCCCAAGGCGGGCCCGCGGUGGCCGGGGUGGCCCGAUCGCAAGCGUGGGCGGGAGGGAUGCGGCGGCCGGCGGGGCCGCCAAUGGAAGAAGCGGGGGCGGGGCAACGGGGGAAGGUGGGCGUGGGAUGCGCCGGGCGCCGGCGGCGGCCAGAAGCGGUGCCUGGAGUGCGGCGCGGCGCCGCCCCCCGGCGGGGGCAGGAGGGCGGACGCCAGGCCGCUGGCCAAGCGGCGACUCGGCUGA